UUUUAAAGGCAUGAGCAGAAAAGAGACCGAACGCCUCUUGCUGGCACCUGGCAAUGUGAUGGGGUCAUUUCUGAUCAGGGAAAGCGAAACUAAUCCAGGCGCCUUUUCCCUUUCCAUCAGGGACUACACAUCUCAAGGGGAUGUCAUCAAACAUUAUCAAAUCCGCUCUCUGGACCAUGGGGGAUAUUACAUCUGCCCAAGGACCACAUUCCCUACGCUGCAGGACCUUGUCAAACAUUAUUCUUCUUACGAAGAUGGCUUGUGUCAACUUCUACGGCAGCCGUGCAUCUCUCUGGUUCCACAAAGGCCGUGGACCACCGACGAAUGGGAGAUUCCUCGGGAAACACUGAAACUUGUCAAGAAGCUGGGAGCAGGCCAGUUUGGAGAGGUUUGGAUGGGUUAUUACAAGAAUAAUGUGAAGGUGGCAGUGAAGACCCUGAAAGAAGGCAGCAUGGCUCCAGAUGCCUUCUUGGCCGAAGCCAACUUGAUGAAGAGGCUUCAGCAUAGCAAGCUGGUUCGUCUGCACGCCGUGGUCACCCAGCAGCCGAUUUACAUCGUAACGGAAUACAUGGCCAACGGCUGCUUGCUGGAUUUCUUGAAAUCAGAGGACGGAAGGAAGUUGACUCUCCCCAAACUUAUAGACUCCUCAGCCCAGGUCGCUGAAGGGAUGGCGUACAUUGAGAGAAUGAACUCCAUUCACAGGGACCUCAGGGCAGCCAACAUCCUCGUCUCAGAGACCCUCUGUUGCAAAGUUGCAGACUUUGGCUUGGCUAGGAUCAUAGAGAAUGAGUACCUCGCAAAAGAAGGUGCCAAAUUUCCUAUCAAAUGGACAGCACCAGAAGCAAUCAACUAUGGAGUUUUCACUAUCAAAUCCGAUGUCUGGUCUUUUGGAGUUCUCCUAACUGAAAUCAUCACCUAUGGAAGAUGCCCCUAUCCUGCUAUGACCAAUCCUGAAGUCAUCCAACAUCUACAGAAGGGUUACCGGAUGCCCCGUCCGGAAAACUGUCCAGCUGAACUCUAUACAGUCAUGUUGAAAUGCUGGAAAAAUAAUCCCGAAGAGAGACCCACGUUUGAAUACCUCCAGUCCACCCUCGAGGACUUUUACACGGCCACGGAAGCACAGUACGAAGCUCAGCCCACUUCUUCCUGAGCAGUGACAGAGCUGCUGGAGACUUCUGUAAAAAAACAACCCUUGUGGGACGCUGACAAGAGGGGUGUGUGGACUCGCUUCUGAAGCAGACUUUGCUGGACAGUUGGGCAUUUCUGUUCCUCUACAGCCGCCUUUGGUCCUCACCCCGUUCUAAGGUCCCCUGUGAGACCAGGAGCUGAGAUGGAUUUUAUUCCGGGACAGUCCUAAAGGAGAGGAUUUGAGAAGAGGAGACUCAAAUGCCCUUUAGAUCGGACUCCGUUGCCUGUCCCAAACUCGUCCUUACCGAUUAAACAAUAACUUAAACUAGGGUUACCAGAUUUCCCCAGUUCCAGGGGACAGCCCCCGGAUUUGCAAAUCUGUCCCCGGGCAAAUUCCGUCCCCAGAAUGUCCCCAGAU